CGGAUUAUCAAGCUCAGCUGUUGGGAUUAAAUUUAAAUCUCUGCAUAUUUUAGGCGGGUCUAAUUGACUUGGAUUAAUGAGUUUUUAGACUUGGACAAGCAUCAUGCCGACGGCAUUCAAAAAACAGAAAUACUCCUCAAUUCGGAGUGAGUGUCUAAGUAAAGGAAUUUUAUUUGAGGAUCCAGAAUUUCCGGCAAAUAACAAGUCCAUAUUUUAUUCCAAAAUAGACCAGGAAAUAGAAUGGAAACGACCAAAGGAGCUGUGCAAGGUCCCUAGACUGGUGGUUGACGGGGUUAGCUGUGAUGACCUCAAUCAAGGAGAACUCGGAAACACGUGGUUUGUAACUGCGUGCGCAAGUUUGGCGCUAGAGAAAAAGAUGUUUGAAAAGGUGAUCCCCAGCGUAAAAGAGCAGGAAUGGGACGAAAAAUCGGAGAAGAAUAAGUACAGUGGAGCCUUCCAUUUUCAUUUUUGGCGGUUUGGGGAAUGGGUGGACAUAGUUAUAGACGAUCGUCUGCCAACAAAGAACGGGAAACUGGUUUUUUGUCACUCAAAAUCUCGAAACGAGUUCUGGAGCGCUCUUCUGGAGAAAGCGUACGCCAAGUUGUACGGUGACUACGAAUCAUUAAACGACGGACGAGCGGCGGACGCCUUGGUAGAUUUCACAGGGGGCGUGGCAGAGAAACUGGUUCUGACAAGAUUGGAUUUUAAUGACACCAAAAUAGUGGAACAGCUGUUUUAUAAAAUGAGAGAAUCGUGUGAGAAUUCCGCUCUUAUGAAUUGUAACAUAGAGUGCCAAAAAACAGAAGUUGGUAAAGAACUUCCCAAUGGUUUGAUUCUUGGCCACGGUUAUAACAUAACAAAAGUUCUGGACAUCAAGGUAGAAAAGAAGCUACAGGGGGCGGUGGGGAACGCCAAACUCAUGAUGGUCCGUCUAGCCAACCCGUGGGGGAUUAAGGAGUGGAACGGACCCUGGUCAGACGAUUCCCCUGAAUGGUCGAAAAUCAACAAAUCAGAGUGGGAGAAAAUGGGUCUGAAAUUCGUACAAGAGGGCGAAUUCUGGAUGUCCUUCACGGAUUUUAUGAACACUUUCACAAAUAUAGACAUCUGUCACUUCGUCAACACCAGUAUUAUCAGUAUAAAGAAAACCUGGAGUGAGGCCAUGUUUCAUGGGGAGUGGACCGUCUCAGGCCGUAAUGGAGGGAAUGACUACAACUCCCCCACCUUCCUCAGUAAUCCACAGUAUGUUUUUGAUAUUGGUGGUGCCUCGGAUCGUGUAAUGGUGUCUCUGGAACAGCAUGAUAUAAAACCAGGCCGACAGGAACUAGGCAUCCAGCUCAACACCAUAGGAUUUCACAUCAUGAAGGUGGAAGAAAACAGGAGAUUCCGGGUACACAUAGUGGGAGAACAAAUAUUUACCUCCGAGUAUGCCAAGUCCAGAAGCGUUUUUGGGAUCAUGAUUUUACAGAAAGGUCGCUAUGUAGUAGUGCCUACCACGAUUAGUUCGGAUGAACUCGGACCAUUCAUGUUAAGGCUUUACACCGGAAGUUCUUCCGGGGCAAAGGAAUUGACGAUGGAAUGUCCAUCUAAUGGGUGUCCUUGUGCAGCAAACUACGUACUUAUGUCCACAGUGACUAUAGAAAGCUGCUCUGACCUCGAGAUUCCACCAAAAUCGAAAGUAAAAACAAUGGACCCAUACGUGAAAAUUAUAUGUGAAGGAGAAAAAGUCGAAAGUAUAACAAGGAGUAAUGACAAAAACCCGAAGUUUGGAACAAAAGCCACCUUUUACAGGAAGAAACCUGAUGACCCAAUCAUUGUAGAGGUGUGGAACUGCAACACCCUUGUGGAUGAUUACAUCGCAGAAGGAAGGAUAGAGGACAAUGGGAACGAAGAAGGAAUUACAAAGGAGCUACAACUUUUUGGAAGAAAGAAAGAAGCCACCAUGGAAAAACCGGGGUCAAUGAAAAUUCACAUAUGUUCUAGUGCUGAUCUUCAAUAUCUGUAACGAGAUUUAACGAGAUUUUGUUGGGAAAGUGAUAAAAGUUAUGGUUCUUGAACUAUAUGAUAAGAGUUAUCUUUCCUACAUUGUUAAACUUCCACAUCAGUGACUCCUUACAGCUGUUUUGGAAGUCUUUUGUAAGUAAUGCCUGAGGAGCCUUUUUUUACGGAAUCUGUUGAAACAGACAUUUUUUAUGAAUAUACUUUGUCUUUUUCCAAUGCUUUAGCAUUUAAGCUCUGUGAUACUGUGUUUAAUUUGACGAAUUGAUAUGUCAAUUCUGAUGACUUACGAGUAUGGAAACAGGAGAAGAGAGUUUCUGAAAGAAAGCUCAAGUAACUUUUUUUUUCAAUCUCCUUGUUUUUAAUAUUGUUGGGGAAAAAAUACACCAUCAA